GGUUUGUUUUAGGGACUGAUGACUCGAUUACGUGCCUCGGUUUGAUUAGGGGCUGAUAAAGACAACAUUAAUUUGGUUUCCAAGUUACAACCAAAAUGUCCACCAGCAGAUCAACUGUUGACCUUGAUGAGCUGCUGCAACACUUCUCAACAUGGCAAGAUUCAAUGUCAAGCCUUGUCAAAGAGAACACUAGACUAUCGAAUGAGCUGAAGAGUGCUAACAAGCAGUGCAAUAUCUACCAGCAACAAGUACAAGAUAUAACGGGAAACAGUGACCAGUUACGAGCAACUAUUGACAAGCUACACAGAGCCAUAGAGCAAAGAUGCCAUUUUUAUGAGGAGAACCGUGAAUUGAAGGAACGCAUUGAGUCAACAACACACUCAGGAAUGGUUCUAGAGCAGAAGCAUAAGGAACAGAUGGAAGAAGCAAUGGAGAAUAUGGAUGCAUUGCGAGCAACUCACAAGAAAGAAACAGCUCAGAUACAAGAAAACAUGAAGCAGCAAAUGCGAAAAGACAUAGAGUUGUUGGAAAGAACUAUACAGGACAAGAAUGGAGAAAUACGACAGCUACAAAAAGAAAAUGCAGAGUUGGAGAGAGCUAAGCAUACAGAAGUUGUCAAGCUAAGGCUGGAGUAUGAUGCUAAAAUGCUGAAGCUUCAGAAACAAAACGCUCGUCCACAAAGUGCUCAAACAUCGUCAGUCAACAAUGAAAUAUUUAGGAAGAAACUUCAACAUGUGAAAGCUGAAUCAGAACGUGAAAUAGUGUCUCUAAAACGAAAGAUUCAGGAUUUGGAGUCACAGAUGCACCGACAAGGACAACCAAACAGUCUCACUACCAAAAGAAGAAGGAUUAUCUGA